UGGCACACUGACCCUUUUUUCCCCACAAAAAACAAAAAACAACAACCUAAGGAUUUACUUUUGUCUGCUUUGGACUCAAGUGCAGGUAUUAUUGCAAGUUAUAAAAUGUUACCACCAAGAGACAAAGACAACUUCGAGAAAGAAGUGAAGUCUCCUGAGAAGUGCAAUGCAAAACAGGUAUCUGGGAUACAGAUGGAACUGGUAUGGAUCACUGAAACUGUGACUGGAAAAACAAAACAUCAAUAAAACCUAGAGCGCGAGAGCAAGCGCGAGAGCAAGCGCGAGAGCGCCAGAGCAAGCUCCUGCUAGAGAGGCCGAGCCACACCCCCAGGGUCAGUGAGAGAAACCAGAGGCAACGUGGAAGGGGCGGGUCGCAGCGCUUUGCGGAAGGAGGCGGGUGGGGGCGGAAGGCGCUGGAGUCUGGGGCUUUGGGGGCUUUGGGGCUGAGGUUGGGGUUCUGCCAGGACUGCUCUGCAGCCGGCGCGUAGGGAGGUGGAGCUCAUGGCCGCUCUGGGUCGGCGCCUCCCUCGCCCGGCCUUGGCUUUGCUGCUGCUGUUGCUGUUGGCGGCCUGUGGCUUCUUGGUGUUCCCAUCGCUGCUCGGCGCGGCUGGUGGAGGCCAAGAGCUGGACUUGCGGGAGCUCCUGGCGCUGUCAGUGGCCGCUGCCGAGGCCGGGGGGAGGAGAGUGCGAGUUGUCCAUGAAGCCGGUCCGGAUCUGCAGCAGAGAAGCAAGGGCCAAACCCAGGAGGGCGCAGAGGAGCUGCUCACCGCGGGGGACCUGCAGUCCCACCGCUGCAUGGCCAGCCUGUGGGCCAGUACCUUCCCCGGCAUCCGGGUAAUUUCUGAGGAGCAUGAUGAAGCUGCCUUGGACCUUUCAGAGCCUUGGGAUGGAAAGAUCCCCCUGGACAUCCAGGAACUGGUCCCAAGUGGCCAGACCGUGUCUAUGGAGAGUGUGACCGUUUGGAUUGAUCCUUUGGAUGCUACACAGGAGUACACAGAGGGUCUCCUGUCUUAUGUGACCACAAUGGUGUGUGUUGCAGUGCAUGGGAAGCCAGUCAUUGGAGUAAUCCACAAGCCCUUUUCAGGGUUCACAGCUUGGGCACUGGUUGGACACGGGGCCAAUGUGAGUGCCCGGGAGUCAUAUGAUGAGAAGAGUCCCAGACUCAUUGUUUCCCGAUCCCAUGCUGGGACUGUUCGCACCUUUAGCCAGAAAGCUUUUGGGACCAAUGUGAACAUCAUCCCGGCUGGGGGAGCAGGGUACAAGGUACUAUCCCUCUUGAACCUCAACAAGGCUGAACAACCAGAUCAAGCAGAUGCCUACCUCCACAUCACCUUCAUCAAGAAGUGGGACAUCUGUGCAGGAAAUGCAGUGCUCUCUGCCCUAGGGGGCCACAUGACCACCCUGGAUGGGAAAGACAUUGAUUACCUGGAUUCCCCAGGCAACAAGGACGGACUGAUUGCUAGUGUGGGUUUGGACCACCUGGAGCUAGUGAAGAAAGUCAGUGGGUUGGAAGAGCAGGUGAGAAAAGAUUAACCAUCAGGAGCCCCAUGAUGUUGCGUCCUACCAAUUCCUCUGCUCCUCAGGACCCUCAGCCAGGGACUGGGGACAAAGGGACAGAAUUAGAAAUUGUUUGGCUUCUCUUGAGGAGAAGGAAAACUUUUAUAGGAUUAUUUUAUAAUAAAAGUUCUUUUGAGCCAUA